AUGGACGACGACAGGGAGUUGGAGGCCAUUAAGGCUCGGGUGCAAGAGAUGGAAGAGGAAGCAGAGAAACUGAAACAACUCCAGAGCGAGGUGGACAAGCAAAUGAUGCCCAACUCGUCUGCCAGCAGCCCCGGCGCCCCUUCAACAUAUUUGACGAUCGAGCAGAAGGUCGAGGCCGAUGCCAGGUCAAUCUAUGUCGGAAACGUGGACUACAGCUCGACGGCGGAGGAACUCGAGCAGCAUUUCCACGGUUGCGGCGGGGUCAACCGCGUCACGAUCCUCUGCGACAAGUUCACGGGUCACCCCAAGGGUUUCGCCUAUAUCGAAUUCUCCGACAAGGACUCAGUCGUGACUGCCAUGGCGUUGGAUGAGUCCUUGUUCCGAGGUAGGCAGAUUAAAGUGAUGCCGAAAAGAACGAAUCAGCCGGGGUUGAGUACGACUAAUCGUGGAGGUAGACGCGGGCGUGGCAGGGUGGCGAUGUUUGGUGGGUUCGGAAGAGGGGCCAUAGGUUUCAGAGGCGGGUUGCGAGGCAGAGCCUUUUUCGGAUUCAGAGGAGCCCGCCGUCCGUACUUCUAUCCUUAUUGAUUUAUUUUUAUUUCUUGGAUCGUGUUUCUCACUGUCAUGGUCGUCGUCUUUUCCGAGUGCGAGGUUUGGUUGUGUUCCGAGUGGACUUGGAUUUUUCAUCAGAUGAAAGUGGGUUUGAAAUCGUUUUCCCUUCUGUGUGAGGGAAUAGUUGCACCAGAAGAGGCAUUUUAAGCCUAAGGAUUUUUCUUCGUGAAACAGUGAUCACUAACGUGGGGAAGAGAGUUGAUUUGAUUUUGCAUAGACUUUUUUUUUCAACCUCGAUUGAGUGCAGAUAUUUUAAUUUUUCGUUGCUCCGAACAAUUCUUAAACAUUCUCGACUUUGUCACGAAGAGUACGAAUGAAUAGCUGUCGUUUUUGCUCCUGAACGACAAAUUUAUUUAAAUUCAAGAUGCCCUAGGUCUGAUUAUUGAUACUGUACUUGCUAUUUUGUGCACUUGAUUUUUUUCUAUUUACUUAUGCACUUGAUGUUUUGAGACUCGCUCUUUAAAUGUGGGAAUCCCUGUUUUUAAAAAUGAUUUACGCGGAACUGAAUCAGCCUUCUCGAAACUCGAGAUUCUCCACGCUCUUCAUCUUAAAAGAAAAUAUUUGGACGAGUUUUUUGUUUUCCUGAAAUAUUCCUUGAUACGUUCUGAACCCACUGACAAAUUGAGAAAAUUGUAAGCCCACUUGGAGUCAAAUGAACCGAUUAACGUCUUGGAAUUCCAGUAAUUGGGAUUGUCGAAAAUUUGUCAACUUUCUCUGGAGCUUGGUGUGGCGUUUCGGGGGAGGAAUGAACUUAUGGAUUUCUAACCGCAGCAAAAAAAUGCAAUCGAGAAAUCUGUCGUCGAGAGAAUAAUCAUUGGUAUCUGAUGGAUGAAGUCUUCACAGGAAGCAGUACAUUACAGUAAUGUUGAUUAUCAAUGCUUUAAGAGUUUGAAGAGGAGCGUUAAAAAGUCUUCGGAUUCGAGAAGCUUCUCGAAAGCUUCCGGCAGCUCAACUCUUGCUUUGUGGAAAUGUGAAUGGGAUUUUUUUUUAAGGAUUUUCUAGUGAUCAAGAAUACUUCGCUUGAUCAGAAAAUCAUGAGAUCUGCACGCUGUUCGUUAUUUAAGUUGUUUGGAACAAAAAUGUUUUUCGAGGUGGAAAUUAAUUCUUGAUGGGAAUAAAUCUAGAAAUUAAUUUCCGAUUUUUGGAGCAGUCUUGGGGAAAAUUGUUUUCAUUUUUUGUGUAUUUCACGUGAGUUGUUUGGAUCUGAUGGCAAAAUCGGUAUGAACGAACAGUCGCGUUCGUCGCUGCACUUUCUCGCAAUGUUUGCCAAAAAAAACUGAAAACUUUGAUGUGAAUUUCGCGAGUAGGCGCGUUUGUGAAGCUGGUUGUUGGAUUUUAUGUUAGUUUAGCAUAAGAGGGAUGUUGUAUUUCGCGUUUAUUUCGCUGUUGAACAUGUUGUAUUUCGUUUCCUGUUUGGCGUUUCGAGUUCGUGACGAGGCGUUGGAGGGGAGGGGGGAAUCCCGUGAGACGGAACGGAUUUCGUUGUGAUGGAUGUGCAAGUCAGCCAGUAACCGUCGCUCAUUUUCUUGUCGCAUUGGCAAACACAUUUUAUCGGAUGGAGGGCAGUGUAAAAAAAAAUUAUGAUCUUCUGUGACGCUUUAUUCAAUGAAACCGUUCGUUUUUUGUUCAAAUUAUUUUUUUCGGGUAUGGUUUGAACUUCUUUUCUUGAAAUUUGAUCUUCUGGGUGUUGUUUUCCAUCAAUGAUUUCCUCUUACCCUGAAUCUUUUGGUGUCUUUUUCAAACUUCGAAACGCAUUCAUCAGGGAAAUGUCGUAUUAAGAUUAUUAAGGCGCUUGAUUCAGUUUUUACUUUUGAUCCACUGUUGAGACGAU